GUUUGCUCUGAACUGAGAUUAAUAGCAACAUUUUUCUAUUUCAUUAGCUGAUGCUUUGCAUUCUCGUUACUCUUUGAUGACUUUCUAAAUUUAUAGCAUCUUUAGAUAUCAGUGAAGUUUGCAGUGGAAACAUUUGUAAGGAAUAAACUAUAAAAAGAAGGAUAAAGAUAGGAGUAAAAGUUUAAUGUGGUGAGAAAGGCCAAGGAUUGGGUCUAUUUUGAUUCCUCAAAGAAAUGCUGAAAAAUACUCGAAAAUCAUUGUAUCGUUGUGAUAUCUGUGGUAAAUCAACCACUAGAAGUGCUGCCUUAGAUAGACACAAGCGUACUCACACAGGAGAGAAACCAUAUCACUGUGAUAUUUGUGGUAAAUCUUUCACUCAAAGCAAUAACUUAACUAUACACAAACUUGUUCAUACAGGAGAGAAACCAUAUCACUGUGAUAUUUGUGGUAAAUCAUUCUCUCACAGAAGUGCCUUAACUAAACACAAACUUGUUCAUACAGGAGAGAAGCCAUUUCGCUGUGAUAUUUGUGGUAAAUCCUUCACUAAAAGCAAUGACUUAACUAAACACAGACGUAUUCACACAGGAGAGAAUCCGUUUCACUGUGAUAUCUGUGGUAAAUCAUUCUCUCGAAGCAAUCACUUAACUAAUCACAAACUUGUUCAUACAGGAGAGAAACCAUACCACUGUGAUAUCUGUGGUAAAUCAUUCUCUCAAAAUUGUCAAUUAACUUAUCACAAACGCAUUCAUACAGGAGAGAAACCAUACCACUGUGAUAUCUGUGGUGAAUCAUUCUCUCAAAGCAAUCACUUAACUAAACACAGACGUAUUCACACAGGAGAGAAACCAUUUCACUGUGAUAUCUGUGGUAAAUCAUUCUCUCAAAAUUAUCAUUUAACUUCUCACAAACGGGUUCAUACAGGAGAGAAACCAUACCACUGUGAUAUCUGUGGUGAAUCAUUCUCUCAAAGUGAUACUUUAAAUAAACACAGGCGUAUUCAUACAGGAGAAAAGCCGUAUCACUGUGAUAUCUGUGGUAAAUCAUUCUCACAAAAUUGUCAAUUAACUUCUCACAAACGUAUUCAUACAGGGGAAAAGCCAUUUUGCUGUGAUGUCUGUGGUAAAUCAUUCUCUCGAAGCAAUCACUUAACUAAUCACAAACUUGUUCAUACAGGAGAGAAACCAUACCACUGUGAUAUCUGUAGUAAAUCAUUCUCUCAAAAUUGUCAAUUAACUUAUCACAAACGCAUUCAUACAGGAGAGAAACCAUACCACUGUGAUAUCUGUGGUGAAUCAUUCUCUCAAAGCAAUCACUUAACUAAACACAGACGUAUUCACACAGGAGAGAAACCAUUUCACUGUGAUAUCUGUGGUAAAUCAUUCUCUCAAAAUUGUCGUUUAACUUCUCACAAACGUAUUCAUACAGAAUAGAGGCCUUUUUGCUGUGAUUUCUGUGGUAAAUCAUUCUCUGAGAAACGUUACUUAAUUGCACACGUAUCUAUCCAUACAAGAAUUUGACUGUAUUAUUUAUGAAAUGUCUUUACAGCACACAGCAACAGACAUUUUAAAACCCUUUCUCCUUGUGGGCAUUGUCAGUAAGUGAUGAACCCUUGGUAACAUUCAUAAUCAUGCCAACCCUUUUUGUAAGCACUUACCUGGGAUACACGUAGUUUUGCUGGGCACAGGUAUUUGUUAGAAUUGUGUGUAGAAAAUAAUUUGUAUAACCAUAAAUAUUGCCACUUUAGGAAGCACUAGAUUAGACAAUUGUGAGGAGUGGAAACAGUGAUGUGCAG